CUUUUAGCUGUGCUCUAUUUAGAAUUUAUUGGAGACGCGUCCACCAAACGAUCAUCGCGACUGAAGAGAGAUGGUAUAAGCAGGGAUCUCUGCAGCCUGUAUUCUGUAUAUUCUGCGGAAUCCCCGUUUGGGGUAAACGAGGCCCAUUCCGGAGUAAUUUUGGAUUUCCUCCACUUUGCACGUUCCAGACGAGGACGGUGCCUCAAGUCAGUGGAGGUGGAGUUUCAGAAUCUUAUUGAGAGUCGAUUGGUGGAAGACACUUUUACCAGCGAGGAAGUGAAGGAUAUGGUUUCGGGACUGUGUGCAGUUGUGAACGGAGAGAUGGAGACGGAAUUGAUCCACACAAGCCACACCCACUCACUCCUCGUGGCUCAGCUACUGCAGCAAGCCGAGACCUGGCACCUCAACAUGAAGGUCGACAUAUCUGCCCUUGAGAACAAAGAGCUUCUAGAGACGCUGGCACAGUAUGAACAACAGCAGUUCAGUUCAUCAGCUCUCCCUGCUUCAGCUCACAAAUCUACUCUGACCCCAUUGGAUCACUCAGGAGGCGAUAAACUGCUGCAAAUGGAGAUAUCACGAUUGGAAGAGGAGAGUGAUAAACUGCAGCAGAGGUUCCGCAGUGUUGAAUCAAAGUUUGCUGGGGCACUUAGCGAGAGAGACGAGUUGAAGAAACAACUCGAGGCCGUGCCUACAGUUGGCACCACGCCCACUCCACAAAGCAAUGAUGUCAUAGCUUUACAAGAGACGGUUGCCGAGCUACAGGAGAAGCUGUUGGAAAAGGACGCGUCUUCUUCAUCAGGCAAUGCAGACAUGGAGAGAGAGCUAGAAGAAAAAUCGAAGGAGCUGUUGAAGACGAAGGCAGAGCUGGAGGCAGUGAAGGCUGACCUGGACAGGAAGUUCUCUGAGACUGCUCAGUACGCCAACAUGAGGAAGAUGCUCUUGACCAAGAACGACCAGAUCAAGGAACUGAGAUCACAACUAAAGAAGUACGAGUCGUAACCCUUGGCUCACAUAGCAACCCGAUCUCUUCCUUAUGCCAACUGAUAGCUCUAAAUUACACAUUUUUGUCCAUGACAUCUCUAAAUUACACAUUUUUGUCCAUGACAUCAUGUAGCUUGUGCUAAAAAUAGAUUGGA